AUGAGGGCCUCAGGCGGAGGACCAGCACCUGCCCCGGAGAGAGGCGCUCGACGUGGGCUGUGGAUUCCUCGCGCUCGCGUGCCGCGCGCGCACCGCCUCUCCUUACCGUGGGCCCCAACGCCUCACCCCGUAUGCCGCACCCGCGCGGGUCGCUGCCUUCUCGUUCUGACCCUUUCCGCUUUCGUCUCCCUGCUGUGGAAGCGGGGUAGGGUUUGGGGAAUCGGCCGCCGCCGCUGUCUUUGGAGGGCGGUUUCGUUGGUGUGCCCCGCCAGCGGCGAACGCGUCGGUGGUGCGCCGGUCGUCCGGGAAGCCCGCAGCGGCCGUCAUGCAGGUCACCGGCGGUGCCCAGUCCGUCAGCCGAGGCUGCCCCCGCCCUGCUCUGGUUGCGCUCCAGACGGCACGCGGCUCUUCCCCUGCAUUUUGGAUCAGCUCCUAAGCCGGCGCGCGGCUCUUCGCCUGCAUUUUGGAUCAGCUCUCCUAGGAUGUAAGAUGUGCUUCGUGCCUGCCUGUUUCUGUUCGCCGCUGGUCUUCCGUGCGGGCUCAGACGAUACUCGGCUCUUCCCCUGCAUUUUUGCCUCUGUAAUUCCAGACCUUGUGCGGGUUAGCCCUGUCCGUCCAGCUGUCCGUGCUGAUCUCUGCCUCCAGCUCGCCACGCCCUAUUUCAGUUUGCCAGGUAACAGGACCGCAUCGACUACACAGUAUUCUUUUGGGUGUUCCACCAUCAAACACCACCUACAGCCCUGAGACUAGCUAUGUUUCAGAGGGAAGCCACAUAUCCACUUUGCACACAAAAUAUUGGAAACCACAUUCAGAGUCAUGACAGGCUGCUUCAACUGAACCACUUCCUCACCUUGUCAGCUCAAAAUUGCAGUGAGCAGAAACCCGGUGAAUUCUCCUUGCUGGUUUUAGCUUUGUGUGUGUUUACUUCACAAAAUGUGCUCCUGCAGCACUCCUUCAUUGCAGCUAAGCCACCUAGAUGUACCUAGCAAUUUCUGGUUCAGUAUGUAUUGCAGUACCUAAAAACUGCUGUGAUCGUUAUUCAGACCAGGACUAAAUUAUGAAGGCUGUGCUUUCCAUUGUCUAAAA